AUGUACAUCAAGCAGGUAAUCAUUCAAGGCUUUCGUAGCUACAGAGACCAAACCAUUGUGGACCCGUUCAGCCCAAAACACAAUGUCAUUGUGGGAAGAAAUGGAUCUGGGAAAAGUAACUUCUUUUAUGCAAUUCAGUUUGUCCUCAGUGAUGAGUUCAGUCAUCUUCGCCCAGAGCAGCGCCUGGCUUUGUUGCAUGAAGGUACAGGUCCCCGUGUUAUUUCGGCUUUUGUGGAAAUUAUUUUUGACAAUUCAGACAACAGGUUACCGAUUGAUAAAGAAGAAGUUUCACUUCGCAGAGUCAUAGGAGCAAAAAAAGACCAAUAUUUCCUGGACAAGAAAAUGGUGACGAAAAAUGACGUAAUGAAUCUGCUUGAAAGUGCUGGGUUUUCUCGCAGUAAUCCAUACUAUAUUGUGAAGCAAGGAAAGAUCAACCAGAUGGCCACAGCUCCUGACUCUCAGAGACUGAAGUUACUAAGAGAAGUAGCUGGUACCAGAGUGUAUGACGAGCGUAAAGAGGAGAGUAUUUCACUAAUGAAAGAAACAGAGGGCAAGCGGGAGAAGAUCAAUGAGCUGUUAAAAUACAUUGAAGAGCGACUGCAUACUCUAGAAGAGGAGAAAGAGGAGCUAGCCCAGUACCAGAAAUGGGAUAAAAUGAGGAGAGCAUUAGAAUACACAAUUUAUAAUCAGGAGCUUAAUGAAACUCGUGCAAAGCUUGAUGAGCUUUCUGCCAAACGAGAGACAAGUGGAGAGAAAUCUAGACAGCUGAGAGAUGCACAGCAAGAUGCCAGAGAUAAAAUGGAGGAAAUAGAACGGCAGGUUCGAGAACUGAAGACUAAGAUUUCGGCAAUGAAAGAAGAAAAAGAACAGCUCAGUGCUGAAAGACAGGAGCAGAUUAAACAGAGGACUAAGUUAGAGCUGAAGGCUAAGGACCUACAGGAUGAAUUAGCUGGGAACAGUGAACAAAGGAAAAGACUGUUAAAGGAGAGGCAAAAACUGCUUGAGAAAAUUGAAGAGAAGCAAAAAGAAUUAGCAGAAACAGAGCCCAAAUUCAACAGUGUAAAAGAAAAAGAAGAGAGAGGAAUUGCCAGACUUGCCCAGGCUACACAGGAACGAACAGACCUUUAUGCAAAACAGGGUCGAGGAAGCCAGUUUACUUCAAAAGAAGAAAGAGAUAAGUGGAUAAAGAAAGAACUGAAGUCCCUCGAUCAAGCUAUCAAUGACAAGAAGCGACAGAUUGCAGCUAUACACAAGGAUUUGGAGGAUACAGAGGCCAAUAAGGAGAAGAAUUUGGAACAAUACAAUAAACUGGACCAGGAUCUUAAUGAAGUGAAGGCUCGUGUUGAAGAACUGGACAGAAAAUACUAUGAAGUGAAAAAUAAAAAGGAUGAACUACAGAGCGAAAGAAAUUAUCUGUGGAGGGAAGAGAAUGCAGAACAACAGGCCCUCGCUGCAAAGAGAGAAGACCUAGAAAAGAAACAGCAGCUUCUUAGAGCAGCAACAGGAAAGGCCAUUUUAAAUGGUAUAGACAGCAUAAACAAAGUUUUGGAACACUUCCGUCGAAAAGGUAUAAACCAGCACGUUCUAAAUGGAUACCAUGGGAUUGUGAUGAAUAACUUUGAAUGUGAACCAGCUUUCUACACUUGUGUUGAAGUUACAGCUGGGAACAGGUUGUUUUAUCACAUUGUGGAUUCUGAUGAGGUCAGUACAAAGAUCUUAAUGGAAUUCAACAAAAUGAACUUGCCGGGAGAAGUUACCUUUCUGCCUCUCAACAAGCUGGAUGUUAGAGAUACUGCUUAUCCCGAGACUAAUGAUGCUAUUCCUAUGAUCAGCAAACUGAGAUACAAUCCGAGAUUUGACAAAGCCUUUAAACACGUUUUUGGAAAAACGUUAAUUUGUCGUAGCAUGGAGGUGUCUACUCAGCUGGCCAGAGCUUUCACGAUGGAUUGUAUUACUCUAGAAGGUAAACAUUGCAAUUUCAUAAAUUUAGUGGCGAAAAUG